AUGACCUUAGAAGGCUAUGUUGUGAAGCUUAAAGAUUAUGGAGCUUGUGACGUUUCAGAUGGAUUGCUCCAUUACUGUAAAAUUGAUGAUGGGGGUUUCUUUCCUGACUUGAUACAAAGAUCAGGACCACACAAGACCAUAGUUGGUCCCGCAUACACAGUGCUCUUUGCUUCAGUCGAUGACCCCCGGCCUGAAGUGAACUACAUUGACAAUAUCCCUGCAGGAGCAUUCAUGAUCAUAGCGCUAGAAAAGUCAUUACAGGAAAAGCCUGAGCAAAUCACGCAGGCGCUUUAUGGUGGAUUAAUGGCCAAUCGUGCGCAAUAUCAGAAUUCUGCAGGUACAAUUGUGUUUGGUCGGGUCAGAGACUUAGGGGAGCAUAAGGAGUGUGGCCAACCAUUGUUUAGCCUUGGUGUUGGCACUUGUGCACCCAAGAAAGCUGUAAAACCAGUGGCUACAAAUGUUUCACUACCUAUCCUAUUACCGAAUGGUUGUACCAGUGCCAUUAGUCCAGGCGAUGUUUUAGUAGCCGAUGAGAAUGGGGUUGUGCGCAUCCCAAAAGAUACGCUGUUGGAAUCAGGUGAUAAACUGAUCAAUUACAUUGAGCAACAGAUAGCAGCUGAUACUUUAGUUAUGGAAGAUAUUAGAAAUGGUAUUCCUGCCAAACAGUCUCAAAAAGACAGAAGGGCCGCACUGAAGCAGUUACUCUAA